CUGUGGUGUUGUAGAUUUAGUUUGAUACGCGCAAAUAGUAGAUAUUAAUUUAAUUCCACCUUCGUUUCUCAUUCUCUACUCGAAAAUAAUUUUUCGUUGACACUAUUCGUGUUAAAAUUAUUCCUAAUAAGUUCAAAACUACUUCAUUUUCAAACAUGUUCCCAUAUAAAUUGAACAAUUUUAUGACACGCAGUUGUCAAAUGGUCAGGAAUUCUGAAAUUUUGCGAAAAUUUUCGAUAUCAGCGACAAAAUAUGAUAUUGUUAAAAUCCAAAGCACUGAAGACUUCAAAGCAAAAGUUAUUAAUAGUAAAGUUCCAGUGGUUGUCGAUUUCUUCGCAACAUGGUGCAACCCUUGUAGACUUUUGACUCCUCGUCUGGAAUCCAUUAUCAGUGAGAACAAAGGGAAAGUAGUCCUAGCUAAAGUUGAUAUUGAUGAACAAACAGACCUUGCUUUGGAUUAUGAAGUUAGUUCUGUGCCCGUACUGGUUAUCAUUAAAGAAGGGAAAGUACAACAACGCUUAGUUGGACUUCAGGAUACUGACAAGUUACGCAAAUGGAUAGAACAACAUGCUACUGAGGAAACUAAAGCAGAAGUGAAAGCAUAAAAAAAUAUAAAAUAUGUCUGUGGGUGAUAUUAAGAUAUUCUAGAGUAUUGCUAUUGUAAUUAUGUAGUCAGUUAAAAUAAAAUUUCAAAUGGAUUGAUUUUAUUCUUGUAAAAACUGUAAUAACUCCCUAGCUCUUUUAUAAAUUGCUUCAUCUGGUUUUUUUAUUUCAUUUUCAUUGUCUUCAUUUUCUGAAUUUGCGUCUUCACAUUUUUGUGAUUCAGUCCAGUCAUCCAUUUGUUUAAUAAUUUUAUUUGCAUCAUCCAACAACAUAGUACGGAUAUUGCCUUUCGCAGAUUCAAAAUAUUCCAAAAGUAGACUCCAUGACUCCUUUGGUAUUAAGCUUUCAGAAAAUUUAUUCUUGUAUAACCAUACUUGUUUUGCUUUCAUAAACUUCCAAUUGUGUUUAUUGUGUUUCCACUGAGAAAGAUAAUUCAGACAUUCUGAUUUUGUCUGUUGCUUGGCUGCAGCUACAUUUUCGGCUUGACGUUGUGCAAACUUUUCUCUCUUAGCCUGUCUGAUAGAUUUGUUUUUAUUGUUAGGCUGAGCUGAAGAAAAUUCUGUUUUCUUCUUCUUCUUUUUCUUUUUCUUGGGUUCAUUUGCAUUAUCAGAAUCGGACUCAGAGAGUCUCCUCAGAGAAGAAUGAGAGGGGUUUUCAUUGUGUUCGGUUACCCUUUCUGAUUCCUCUGUACAUACGGAUUCGUCUUUCUGUUUAUUUUUAUUUUCCUGACUUUCUGAAUGAGGUCUCUUUUUCUUCUGCUUUUUUAUACUACUUUCACCCACCAUGAUAACUAUUUAUACUUGAUUUCGUUUUAUAACCUAACUUUUAGUUGAAAAUGGUUGAGAGAAAAGAAUUU